ACAGUGAAAUUUGCUCAGCGUGUGCUCCUAAGCUCUUCCCACACUGACGCAGAUGUCCGCCGGCUUGUCAAGGUGGAAAGAAAACUUUAGGCUACCGAACCUGAUGAUGUUGAUCGUUGUGCGUGGUCUCACCCGUUCUUAGGAGGUUAAGCUGAGUGAAGGACAUGCGUGGAUUGAAAUGGACUUGGCUUUUGGAUCAGCAAAGCCUUAUGGGUCUUCAAGAAGUAUUGUGAGAAGAAUAGGUUCAAAUCUUCCUUUUAGACCUUGUCCUCGGAUUCAUUUUCAGCUUUACCCGUACACGGAGGAUGCUGGAGUCCUCAUCACCACCAGGAGGCCCAACGGCCUGGUGGCCAGUCUGGCAGAUAUUGCCUUUAUUGACAGAGAGGGUGAACACGAUUCCGACACGUCCAGGUCGGAAAUCUCGCAGGGGCUCAUGUUUCGAGCGACGAGGCAUGACUUUCAAAGAAGACCCCUAACCCGCCAGAGGUCACUACCCAGCAUGCCAGAGGGGGUUCCAGAUCCACAGAGUGCAACGGUUGCAAAUGAUGAGGCUAUUCAGAAAAUCAGCAUUCUAGAAGCUGAACUUGAAAAACUCAGAGCUCAGAUAGCUCAAAUUGUCUUGACUCAAGAAAAGGCUGCACUGUCAGCUGCUACCACAGGGGGACCUCCACCCCCUCCACCUUCUGGCAAUCUGCCUCCACCACCUCCUCCUCCUCCUCCACCACCACCACCCCCAGGUCUACAGCGAACAUUUUCCGCCAUUGAUUUAAUAAGAGAGCGCAAAGGAAAGAAGACAAACCAAUCAACAGUUUUGGAUUCAAGGCCAGCAGAAGUCCCCAGCAUGCUGGAGGUCCUGAAAGACCUCAACAAAGUUAGGCUGCGAUCUGUGAAUAGUCGGCCAGCUGAAGAUGUUGCCAAAAUGAAAUCCAAAGAGCCAGCAGAUGCUGCAGCUCUCAUCGCCGAAGCCCUCAAACGCAAGUUUGCUCAUCGCCAUCGAUGCAACAGCGAACAGGAUUCCGUGGAGGACUUCAAACUUCCUAUCAAAGAAGUCAAACCUCAAAGUGAAAUGCCUCUGUUUGGGCAGCACAUGUUGAAAUCAACUGGAAAGAGAACGUUUCUAUAAGCUGUGGAGUCGACUAAUGUGGAAGAAAUGAAGUAAACCUUUUAAUUUCAGCCAUCUGUGGAAUGACCAAGGAAUCUCCUCGAGUCCUAAACGGCUGGUUUAUCAGUCCUGUACGAAUGUGGCUAGUUUUGCACUUUUUAUAUUUAUCUGCUUAUAGUUUUACAAGUUAAAAACCAACAAUAACGAAAUCUGUUUUAUUUUUUUUAAUCUUUAUUUGUUAAAUGUAUUUGCACAUAUCAGGACUUGACAGUUUUAUAAGUAUUUGAAGGCUGUAUGUCAACUAGCAUGUAGAAAUGGAUACAUUUGUGUUUAAGACUUGUUGGUUUCCUAGUAAUUAGAUUUUAACAGUGAAUUGUUAAAUAUUCAAUCAAUAAUUAAAGGGGAUAAAGUCAAUGUGUAUCUUCUGUGCCUUUACAGAUUGAUCUAUCAUUUAUUUUUGCAUGUAAGGACCCAAAUACAUUCCACUGAUGCUUCUAAAUGUUUUUCUUGUGUUUUAUUUUUGAUUAAAUUAUUCAUAAAGUGUUGGAAAUUUAUGCUUCUUGGUUCAAACUUUUGGUACGUGAGCAGAUGUUUGUUUUUCUUUUUACAUCAGCUUUUUUUUUUUAUAGUGGUUGCAUCUCAUCCUCUGUCACCCAAAACAAUCAGGACACUAAAAGUAAACCAGAUGAGGGAUCAUUUUGUUCCAGAACCAAAAGCAUUUCCUGAAUCCUGAGCUAUAAUGGGUUUUAGGGCAUUUAAAGCAUUUCUGGAUGAGUUCACGUCUGUGCAGAUGCUGCUCAGGGUAAAAAACCUUUUAUAAAGGGCAGGUGAGCCGAGUGUGUCAGUAACUGAUCUCCUUUUCACAUUUUGGAGACUAAUUGCCAAAUCUUUCAAUAAAAAAAUAUUUCUUGA